CAUUUCGCAGCAGAAGUGUGUGAUUGCGACUUGACGAGGUCGCGAAGGUUCAUUCUGUUUGGCGACCUUGACCUUGGCAGAGUGGUGUCCCUUGCAGAGCAAGGACAAGUUUUCGUCUUCAGCUUGCCCGAGCUAGACUUGGGUGUUUUUUUUCAAAAUGUUAGCCUCACGGCUGGUACCAGUAGUGGGAGGCAGUCACACCUACAGCAUGCUUCAGACGAUAUCGAAUUUUCGCUGCUUGAUUGGGCCUAUGGCUUCCAUGGCAACCGCAGCAACAGAUGUGAAGCCAUUCUAUUAUCAGGAUAUACUUCAUCAGGAGGCCAAGCCUUCUGUUCCUUGGAAAAAACUUACAGGGGACUUUGUGUCCACAAUGGAGGUAAGAGGGAAAAAGGUUCUUAUGGUGCAGCCACAGGCUCUAACACUGAUAGCUGAAAAUGCAAUGAUUGAUGUGGCUCAUCUGCUGAGACCUGGGCAUCUGCAGCAAUUAGCUAAAAUUUUGGCUGAUCCUGAGGCAUCCAGUAAUGACAAAUUUGUGGCUUUGGAGCUGUUGAAAAAUGCUAAUAUAGCAGCUGGCAUGGUGUUGCCAGGUUGCCAGGACACAGGCACUGCCAUCUGUAUGGGUAAAAAGGGUCAGUAUGUGUGGACUGAAGGAAAUGAUGCCGAGGCUAUAUCCCAGGGUAUCUACAACACAUAUACCUCAAAAAAUCUGAGAUACUCGCAGGUUGCACCACUUGACAUGUACAAUGAAGUGAACACAAGAACCAAUCUCCCUGCACAAAUUGAGAUCUAUGCAACAGACACAAAUCAUUACGAUUUUCUGUUCAUUGCUAAAGGGGGAGGCUCAGCUAAUAAAACCUACCUGUACCAGCAAACUAAAGCCCUUCUGAAUCCUGAGAAAUUGUUGUCGUUCGUCAAUGAGAAAAUCAAGACCCUGGGUACUGCUGCUUGCCCUCCAUACCAUCUGGCUAUUGUAGUGGGAGGAACAUCAGCAGAGUUCAACUUGAAGACUGUGAAACUGGCCUCCUGUCGCUACCUUGAUGGCUUACCUGGGAAAGGUAAUGAGCAUGGCCAAGGCUUCCGCGACCAUGAACUAGAGGCAGAAAUUCAUAAGCUGACACAGAAGACAGGAAUUGGUGCUCAAUUUGGAGGUCGUUAUUUUUGCCAUGAUGUGAGAGUAAUCCGUCUCCCUCGACAUGGAGCUUCUUGUCCUGUUGGAAUAGGUGUCUCAUGUUCAGCAGAUCGCCAGAUUUUGGGACAGAUCCGAGAAGAUGGUAUUUUCUUGGAACAGCUGGAGAAAAACCCUGCAAAGUACUUACCAGAGAUUAAUGAAAAAGAGUUGGGAGGUGAGGUUGUGCAGGUCAACCUGAAUAAGCCUAUGAGGGAGAUUCUGCAGGAGCUAAGCCAGCACCCAAUCCGCACACGACUGAGUCUGACAGGAACUUUGAUUGUUGCUAGAGAUAUUGCCCAUGCCAAGCUGAAGGAGAGACUUGACAGUGGUCAGGGACUUCCUCAAUAUGUAAAAGAUCACCCCAUUUACUAUGCUGGCCCUGCUAAGACGCCCAAGGGUUAUGCAAGUGGCUCUUUUGGUCCAACUACUGCAGGAAGAAUGGAUUCCUAUGUUGAGCAGUUCCAGGCAGCAGGUGGCAGCAUGAUUAUGCUGGCUAAGGGCAACAGGAGUAAGCAGGUUGCACAAGCAUGCAAAAAGCAUGGGGGUUUCUACCUUGGGUCCAUUGGAGGGCCUGCAGCCAUCCUGGCUAAGAACUGCAUCCAGAAAGUGGAAGUUUUAGAAUACCCUGAACUUGGCAUGGAGGCUAUUUGGAAGGUAGAGGUUAAAAAUUUUCCUGCAUUCAUUGUUGUAGAUGACAAAGGAAAUGACUUUUUCCAGGAAUGGCAAGUGGAAUAAUUUUUUUGUGGCCAAAGAAAUACUGUAUGCUCACAGAAAUUCUGUAAAAGUGUGAAUUUGUGUUCAAUGACUAUCAGCAUUGGGAAGGUAGAGGAAUAUUUGUCACCAUCCUGUGAUGUGGUGGGGUAAACAUGUUUUAGCUUCUGUGUUUUUAGAAGAUAAAAAACUCCUCAGGUCAGUAAUGAAGUAUUAUAACAAUAAAAAAGAAAAAAGAUGUGCUGGUAUCAUUGAAUAAAACUUUGAUGACAGUGAUAGUUUUAACUGACUGAAGUUUUCAGCAUAAGUUGUGGGGAUCUUCAGCACAGUAAAAUGAUGUUAACUGUGUAAGUCUGUGUUACAGGUACUUUAGCUUUUUUUAGCACAUCAGCAGCUUUCUGAAUGUUGCUGUCCUAAGUGGUGGCAGACCACCAAGUACAUGUGCACCUAGACAGCUUUAUGCUGUCUGAAAUACUUUCAGUUUAACUGCUUCUCUUUGUGAACCUUUAACUGCCAGAAGCUAUGAAUUAUGUUCUUGUUAUUUUCCACCUUAGGUGAAGCAUCUAGCACUUGCUUUGCAUACAUGUUGAUGUCACAUGAUUUUAUCCUUGGUUUUCAUGGACAUUGACAUUUUCAGUGAUAUUCUAAACACCUAAAAUUCUAAAUAUUAAAAAAGGCUGUCGCUGUUUUUGCUCAAGGUUUUUCCUGGUGAAAAUUUCCAGUUUGGCAGCAAAUAGUCCCUAUAAUGUUGUAGUAUGACAAAGUGUUUGAGUUUAAAAUAUUUGCCAUUAUUCCAUGUCUUCAAACUUAGUUUAUAAUUGUUCAAGCUGUAUGCUGACUCAUCAGGGGUGCAUUUCAUGGAAUGUGAUUUGAUCAAAUGACUUAUCCUAUAAAGUGCACAAUUUCAGUGCUCGUUAUCUAGUUACUGGUUGUUAUCUGUUACUUUUGCCUGUAUUGUUGAUGUAAUACUGUACAAUGCCUUUAUUUUUACAAGUUUAUUUUCAUUUGCUUAUGGACCGAGACCAUCAUGGCUGCCAAAUGAGUAUCCUUGAUACUAUAAAGAUUGCCUGGUAAAGCACGGGUGAUUGUCAUACCUAUGAGCAAAAUAGGUCUCAGCACCAAAUCAUAAAUUGCUGCAACUAACUGGGUUUAACACAAAACUAUCGCAAAGAAUGUUAUUACUGAAAGCUUAUCUAACCAUAUGAAGCCAUAUUUUGUUUAUAUAGUUUCAUUAAUAAUGUAAUAAUUUAACAAAUCUUUGUAGGCAUAGAUCAAUCAAUUUUUUGUUUGGUUGGAGUUGGGUGCGGUAUGAAUAAUAGGUGAGGCUGAAUGUAUGUGUCUGAUGUAUAAUUUACCUGUAGCCAAAACUGUAAAUUGUAGAUUUUUACAUGCAAUUUUUAAGUAGAGAAAUGUGAUAACCUGGAAUAAAAUCAAGCAUGCCAUUGCAACUUUCACUCUAGCAAGAAUAAA